AUGGCGGAACAUAACAUUGUCGUUUUUGCAGGCGACCACUGCGGCCCAGAGGUUGUUGCUGAGGCAAUCAAGGUUAUCAAGACGGUCGAGGAGCUGCGCCCGAGUGCUGGCAAAUUCAAGCUGCAGGAUCUCCUGCUCGGAGGGUGCUCCAUCGACCAGACCGGCUCCCCCCUCACAGACGAAGCCCUCGCCGCCGCCAAAGCCGCCGACGCAGUGCUCCUUGGUGCCAUUGGCGGCCCCAAAUGGGGCACCGGCGCCGUCCGCCCGGAGCAGGGCCUCCUAAAGCUACGCAGUGAGAUGGCCGCCUAUGGAAAUCUCCGUCCCUGCUUCUUCGCGUCCGACGCCCUCGUCGAGGCCUCCCCCCUGAAGGAGUCCAUCUGCCGCGGCACCGACAUGAUGCUAGUCCGAGAGUUGACCUCGGGCCUUUAUUUCGGAGAGCGAAAAGAAUACGAUGGUGUUAAUGCGUUUGACACUGCUGUUUACACGAAACCAGAAAUCGAGCGUAUCGCGCGGAUGGGCGGUUACCUGGCUAAGAAGAGGGGAGACUCGCGGGUUAUCUCGCUGGACAAGGCAAACGUGUUGGCGACAAGCAGACUCUGGCGUUCUGUCGUUGACGAGGUCUUUAAAAACGAGUUCCCUGAGCUCAAGGUUGAGCAUCAACUUAUUGACAGCGCGGCCAUGAUUAUGGUCAAGAACCCGACGCAGCUGAAUGGCGUCAUGAUUGCGCCCAACUUGGCAGGUGAUAUUCUCAGCGACGAGGCGAGCGCCAUAGCUGGAAGCAUCGGGCUCCUCCCGAGCGCGAGUCUCUGCGGGAUUCCCAGCUCUCCAGUGUCUGGUAUCUAUGAACCAAUUCAUGGUAAGACUUCUAUCCUGUUCGAGCCCUCAUGUAGACAUCAGUUGCUAACGCAGAUGACAGGUAGCGCGCCGGACAUUUCAGGGAAGGGGAUUGUCAAUCCCAUUGGCACCAUCCUUUCUGUGGCCAUGAUGUUCCGAUACUCUCUGAAUCUCACCCACGAGGCUAAACUCGUCGAGGACGCGGUCCGCGCCGCCAUCGACGCCGGGUUGCGAACCAAGGACAUGGGCGGCAGCACGGGCACCGCAGAAGCAGGAGAUGCCAUCGUUGCUGAGCUGGUCAAGAUUCUCAAGGCGUGA